CGUGGCGUGACGUUGACAUGUUUUUUGAGAAACUUGUCUCGUCGCCAUUUUAAGACUGUUUGUUGGUGAGGGGAGGUUAUCGUGAGGUUUUUAAACCUGUUUUUAAACGCAGAAAGCGGGUUAUUGGUUUGAACUUCAAAUAGCUGACGCAGAGAUGCGGCACUCAAAGCGAUCAUACUCUCCAGAGUGGGCUGUUGACGGCAGUUGGGAUCAGAAGUUCGGUAGCAGUUGCAAGCGCAGAAAACAGUCUCAUAGCAGUGAGAGAGAAAAUAAACCCCGUAAACAUCAACGUCUAGUUAAAAUUACUGACUGUCAUUACCUGGAGGCCAAGACAUUGAAUGAGCAAAUGGACUGCAAAGAGAAGAAGCGGGUUUGUGAAUGUAGCAAAGAGUACUCGCCUGGGUAUGAAAAUGAACAUUAUAGGGAUCGAGACUGGCACCAUUAUAGCAAAUCCUCUGGGAGAAGCGGUAGAAGUGGGAUAAGCGGUAGAAGUGGGAUAAGCCGAAGAAGUGGGAGAAGCAGAAGAAGCAGUCGACCCAGGAGACAGAGAAAACACAGAAGCCACGUCAACCGCCCUUCACACUCGAGGAGUCCCCGCAGGAAAAGAUCCAGGAGUGUUGAGGAUGAUGAGGAGGGGCACCUGAUCUAUCACAGUGGAGACAUGCUAAGAGCAAGAUAUGAGAUUGUUUGCACUUUAGGAGAAGGAGCCUUUGGGAAAGUUGUGGAGUGCAAAGAUUAUAAAGGGGGUAAUCAUGUGGCACUGAAGAUCAUUAAAAAUGUUGAUCGAUAUCGGGAAGCUGCCCGAUCUGAAGUUGAAGUGCUAGAGCAGAUCAAUUCUCUAGACUUUGACAGGAAAUACCCCUGUGUGCGAAUGCUGGAUUGGUUUGAUCACCAUGGCCAUGUCUGUAUUGUGUUUGAAUUGCUUGGGCUUAGUACCUAUGACUUUCUAAAGGAGAAUAGCUUCAUGCCUUUCCCACUAGAUCAGAUCAGACACAUGGCAUACCAGAUCUUCAGAGCUAUUCACUUUUUACAUCGGAACAAGCUGACGCACACAGACCUUAAGCCUGAGAAUAUUCUCUUUCUAAACUCUGAUUACAUCAUGGAAUACAAUGCCAAAAUGAAACGGGAUGAAAGAACAUUGAAGAACCCGGAUGUCAAGAUUGUAGACUUUGGUAAUGCAACAUAUGAUCAUGAGCACCAUAGCUCUGUGGUGUCAACAAGGCAUUACAGAGCUCCUGAGGUCAUUCUAGAAUUAGGAUGGAAUCAGUCUUGUGAUGUCUGGAGCCUUGGAUGCAUUUUAAUUGAAUAUUAUCUUGGAUUAACACUGUUCCAGACACAUGACAGUAAAGAACAUCUUGCCAUGAUGGAAAGAGUUCUGGGACCAAUACCGACCCACAUGCUGCAGAAGACCAAGAAACGAAGGUAUGUUCAUCGAGACCGAUUAGACUGGGAUGAAUACAGUUCCUCGGGCAGAUAUGUUAGGAAGCAUUGCAGACCUCUUAAGAAUUACAUGGCUUCUAAAAAUCCAGACCAUGAAAAACUAUUUGACCUUAUCAGAAAAAUGUUAGAAUACGAUCCUCUGAAAAGAAUUACACUGAGUGAAGCCAUGAAGCAUCCUUUUUUUGAUAUUGUACGCAAAGCAAAAGUGUAACUAUUUAAAAAACAACUGCAUACCCAAUUUGAGAUUCUCCAGAGGAGAUUACAUGGACUGUGUCAGUCUGCCUUGAAAUAGUCAUUGUGUUCUGUUAAAAGCUAGUGGUUUAAAUUAUUGUGUAUCUAGGUAGUUAUGUAAUGAUUAUGAUUAUUUGCAUUUCUAUCCACAAGAUACAUUUUUGUCUGAUGUAACUUUGUACAAUGUGUAACUUUCACAAUAAAACUUCAACUAAAAA